UGCACUUGUGUCGGAGGAAAUGGCGCCCGUCGUCACCAUGGUCAGGCGCAGAAGGGUUUACAGUUGCCAACCAGUCAAGUCCCCUCGAAGUUGAUAUGUCAGAUAUGUAACUGCCUCUCGUUCACCGGGCUCAGAAAUAUGUUUUUAAGUGGAGAGAGACCCAGUUUGUGUCGGAAGUUGAAGACAUAACCGGAAGACCGGAGACGUUGCUGCUACUGUAGACUCCUUGCAGAGGAAUGGCCAAAGAGCUGAAACAAAGCAGGGCAGAGACAUAUGUGCUGGCUGGAUCGAAUGGUCAAAAUGGCCAACAAUGGCAGACCGGUCUGAGUGACUUCAGCCAUCCUCUGGGCUCUGACCACAAGUCCAGGAUGUCCCGCGUUGCUUCCGAUGUGAGGCUCAAGUGUGCAGCCUACGUGCUGGCCCUGAGGCCGUGGAGCUUCAGCGCCUCGCUCACACCGGUGGCCCUCGGCGGCGCCUUGGCGUACAAGCUGGAGGGCUCCGUGGACUUGGUCAUCCUCAUGGUGUGCGCGGUGACCGUCCUCGUGGUCCACGGGGCGGGGAACCUCGUGAACACCUACUAUGACUUCUCCAAAGGGAUUGACCACAAGAAGAGUGAUGAUAGGACUCUGGUGGACGAGAUCUUGGCACCGCAGGAUGUUGUCAUGUUCGGAGCGUUGUUGUACUCUUUGGGCUGCUUGUGUGCCACUCUGCUCUAUUUCCUGUCAACACUCAGACUGGAACACUUAGCCCUUAUUUACUUCGGGGGAUUGUCCAGCUCUUUUUUAUACACUGGAGGCAUUGGCCUCAAGUACGUGGCCCUGGGAGACGUGGUGAUCCUCAUCACCUUCGGCCCGCUGGCGGUCAUGUUUUCGCACGCGGUGCAGGUGGGCUACCUGUCGGUGCUGCCGCUGGUGUACGCCAUCCCUCUUGCCCUAAACACGGAAGCCAUCCUGCACAGCAAUAACACCAGAGACAUGGACUCUGACAAGCAGGCGGGCAUCGUCACGCUGGCCAUCCUCAUCGGCCCCACGCUGUCCUACGUCCUCUACAACAUACUGCUCUUCGUCCCCUACGUGCUCUUCUGCCUCCUGGCCACCCGGUACACCAUCAGCAUGGCGCUGCCGCUGCUCACGCUGCCCAUGGCCUUCCCCCUGGAGAAGCAUUUCCGCAGCCGAUGCUACGCCAAGAUUCCCCAGAAGACGGCCAAGCUCAACCUCCUCAUGGGAAUUUUCUACGUGUUCGGGAUCAUUCUGGCCCCUCCCGGCAGCCUGCCCUCACUGUGAUUGAACUAGAUUUGAUAUCUUCACAUUUUGUCAUUUUAAUACAGACUAGUUCAUGUACCUUUGUAUUUGUACAGAGCUAUCUGAGGGCUUUCACUUGCGUUAAUUUAUUGACAUUUAUAUGUUGAACAGUUUUAGUUUAGGUUCACAUCUUUGACACUGAAGGCAUAAUCAGCUGUUGUUUUUGUUCAGUAUUAAGCCUGCUGUAAUGUGUUGGUAACAGUCAUUGUCAUUUUUUUUAGAGCUAGGAAACAUUUUUAUCGUCAACAGCCAGACAAUAAACUUGCAGUUGCCAUAUUUUGUUGCUGGUGCCUAAAAAACAUGAAUGAAUCAAAUGAAAUACACUACUCUGCACGGUCCAAGCUGUUCAAUUGCUCAUUGUCAUUUUUCUUUGAUUGGAUUAUAAUAAAGCUCACUCGCACAUUU